AUGAAUAUCGCAGUUGAGUGUCGUAUCGCAGUAAAAUACAUUAAAUAUUACACACGAAGAUAUUAUUCGUCAUAUCGAAUAACAAGGAUUCCUAUAGAACAUAAAAAUCCGUUGAAUUUUAAAUUGUUGAACGAGAAACUACUGGAGCUACAUGAAAUAGAGUCAGCAAGUAGAUCGAGAAUACUGGAAACAUAUGAAGCAAUAUCGGACUCAGAUGUGAAGAGCGUUUUGGACGACUUUUACUACACACAGCUGGUAAAGAAGACCUCGAACCUGGCACUGAGUUUGAUUCCAGAAGACUAUGCGAAGAUAUUUAACUCGUUUAGAGGAUUGCCGAGGCCGAACGGAGAGUGUGUGCAGAAUUUAAACCAGGGAGUUCAGAGGCUGGCAAAAAACUUCACAACGAAGCAGAUAGCACAGAUACUGAGGUCGUACGCACACAUAAAGUCGAGGUCACUUAAGACAAUAUCGGAGUUGGUGGAAACAUUUAACAAGAAGUUUGAAGAGUCGGAACUGUGGGAACGGAGAGAAGUGGCAUCAGCACUGGCGUCACUGAACGUGCCGAACGAAGGACCGAUAAGGCAAUUCUACGAUAGCACGGUGUCAAACCUGCAGAAGCACAUGAAAUCAAUGGACGCAAACGACAUAGGAGUAUUCGUGAACGCGUUUUGUAGCAGAGGAGUAGGACACAACGAAAUCUUGCACUUCAUAGAUAUGAAUAAUAAAAGUAUAGUAAGAGGGAUAAACGCAAAGAAUCUGUCUUUGAUUGUAAACUCGUUUGCAAGGAACAAUAAGUUGUCAGAGAACUUGAUGAACGCAGUGUCGAAGAAGCUGAGUGAAGCACUAGAAGAAAAUGGGAAGUAUGAAUUCAGUGAAAAGAUGAACUUGAUUGACGUAUCACUAAUAUUUAACUCCUUUGUUAAGCUGGAGUACUAUGACCUGAAGCUGAUGAAUAAGUACAUACCAUGGUUGCUGAAUAAGAUGGAUAACGAGACGAAAACGUUAUCACUGGUGCUGUUGGCACAUUCAUACGCACAGUCAGGAAUCAAGAGCAACGACCUGUUCUCAAAAAUCGCACACAUACUAGUGUACAGAGUAUCGCAACUGAACCCACAGAAACUCGGAUUGGUGUCACUAUCGUACGCCAAAGUAGGAUACGCGCCGCCGAUACUGUUUAACAGAAUAGCGGACGAAGUAAUAUACAGAGGGACAAUAGCUGAAAUGAUAAAGCUAUUAGGGCUGAAGUAUUCGAGAUACGAAUUUGACUUUAAGUCCCUGGAACAGAUAACACAGGCGUUCAGCAGAAUAGGAUACAAGGAUAAGAGGAUAUUCUCAGUCCUGACGACACUGCUGAAAUCAAGGUUUAAGAACGACAAGGAGGGAAUGAACGGAGAGAUGAUAGCGUCGCUGAUGGUAUCGAUUGCGAGGAAUAAGACGGAAGGGUUUGUGCCCUUUAUAACAGAAGUGUUGGAGAAGAUGGACGACACGACGACCUUCAGCACCCUGGCAAUAUCCAAAGUGUUGACGUCCUUUAAUAAACUGGGAAUUAAGAACAGCAGACUGACGAGGAAGUUUUUGAAAGAAACGAGCGACAGAGUUAAUCAGUUCACACCGUCAGCUCUGAUCAACGCAUUUAAGGCGCUGGCGAAAAUGAAGUGUUACGACGCGCACCUGGUGAAGGAGACGCUCAAGAGGUGCGCAAUACACCUAACAAACCUGUCAACAAUAGACAUGGCAAGUGUGGCGAGAGCACUUUCAGAGUUGUCGUACCGCAACGUGACAUUCCUGAAGAAGCUGGCAGUGUGCAUAAAUUAUAACCUGAACGCACUAACGAAGCAGCAGCUGCACAUAAUAUUCAGCAGUUUGGCACAGUUGAGAGUGUCAGAUACGGACUUGAUGUUCAAGUUGGUGGAGAAGAUAUCGGCGCAUCAGCACGAGUUUAACGAAGUGGAAGUGGCAGAAAUAGCAAUAGGAAUAGUGUACACAAUAACGCACCUAGAAUGUUUAAACAAAGAAAUAGAAAAGAGUUUAGCGAUGUCACCGACGUCAAAGGAGGGAGAAAGAGGAUUGUAUGUGAUUCCAGACCACGUGUACAACACACUGGACCACCUGUUGGCACUGCUGGGCAAUAAGUUGGAUGUGGCGACAAUAUUUAAGCUGAAGACAGUACACCUGUACCUUAAAAACAUGAAGCCUGAAAACUACAAGAAAAUGUCAAAAAAGGCAGUGGAGAUUCUGGAGAAGGCGCACGCAGUGGAGUUCAGUUUGGCUGAGUACAUCCUGACGUCGUCCUCGAACCAUAAGCAAAUAUCGUACUACCUAAACAUGAUGGGCAUUGUGCAUAAAAAUGAAGUGCAGUUCGGGCCGUACCUAAUCGACGUGGUCCCGGAGUCAAAGGAGAAGGUGGCAAUAGAAUACGACGGGCCGAGCCACUUUUACACGGAAACACUCAUGAGGAACAUAAAGUCGAUAUUAAAACACGAGAAAGCAGUAGUAGGAUUAAAUGGGAAAGGGAUGCACGUUUUCUUUAGAAAAGCAGUCUUGUCUCCUCAAACGAUGAAGCAAAGUGAUGUGUAUGGAGUGGAGUGCUAA